AGAAACCUCACAGGCAAAGUACAUGUUUACGGAGGAAGAUGUGAAGUUUUACCUGGCCGAACUGGCCCUUGCUUUGGAUUAUUUACAUAGACAUGGAAUAGUUUAUCGUGAUCUCAAACCUGAAAACAUUCUCCUCCAUCAGGAUGGUCAUAUUCGGUUGACUGACUUUGGUCUUUCCAAAGAAGCGAUUUCUGAAGCAUCCGAUGGGCGAACUUAUUCAUUCUGUGGAACUGUUGAAUACAUGGCUCCAGAGGUUGUCAAUCGUCAUGGACACGGGACAGCUGCAGACUGGUGGAGUUUUGGAGUACUUAUGUACGAGCUACUGACCGGGACGUUACCGUUUCAAGCAGACCACAGAAAGGAUACAAUGGAGCUGAUUCUAAAAGCUAAACUGGCGAUGCCGCAAUUUCUCAGUCCGGAUGCACAAAGCCUCCUUCGUGCGCUCUUCAAGCGGACGCCAUCUAACAGACUCGGCUAUGGUCCGAAUGGAUUUGCCGAUCUAAAGAAGCAUUCGUUUUUUGCAACCGUCAACUGGAACGACUUACUAACUGGCAGAGCAACACCUCCUUUCAAGCCCACAUGUUCGCAUUUGGACGAAGCGGUCAACUUCGACUCUCAGUUCACUUCCAUCCCACCAUUUGAUUCUCCGGGAGCUCCGCCUAGCGCAUCGGCUCAUACACUUUUUCGUGGAUUUAGCUAUGUUGCACCAUCGUUCUUCGUGGAAAGUGACUCAAACACAGUGAAUUCUGGGCAGCCAGCUGAUCUUCUAAAGGAACGCAACGGUCGAUGUUCCCCGGAGCCAGCUGUGCCGGAAGUCGACAGCAGUAGUGCCACAGAAAUCGGUCGAGCCCACCCAGCUCUUGUUCCAGCCGACUUACCUCCCCUGACGCCCACAACAGCCAAGCAUUUCCAACGAUUGGCGGGUCUUCAAGGUGUAAAAACCAAACAGUUCAAUACGGAUUACACAAUCUCUGAUGAGUUGGGCCGGGGCUCAUACGCCAUUGUGUACAAAUGCAUACACCGUACUAGCAGAAAAAUUUUCUCAGUCAAAGUGAUUGACAAGGUCAAACGCGAUGUGCGGGAGGAAGUGGAAAUCCUAAUGCGAUUACACAGUCAUCCAAACAUUGUCCGACUAUGGGAUGUUUAUGAAAUUGGAAACCUUGUCUACUUGGUAAUGGACUACCUGGAAGGCGGGGAACUUUUGGACAGAAUUUGUCAGCAAAAGUGCUUUUCUGAGCGCGAAGCCAGUGCAGUUAUGGCCGUCUUGUCCAAGACCCUCGAGUAUUUGCACCAGAAUAUGAUUGUGCAUCGUGACCUUAAGCCGUCUAACAUUCUCUAUGCCGAUCGGACACUGGACCCUUCGUCCUUACGGAUCUGUGAUUUUGGGUUCGCCAAGCAGUUGAGGGCGGAGAAUGGACUUCUAAUGACUCCCUGCUACACAGCAAACUUUGCAGCACCAGAGGUACUCAAAAUGCAAGGUUACCAUGCAGCGUGCGACGUAUGGAGCCUCGGAGUACUUAUGUACACCAUGCUUUCUGGCCAAGCUCCAUUCGCUUCUAAUCCCGAUGACAAGCCCGAUGUAAUUCUUUCUCGAAUAGAAAGCGGUAAACUAAAGUUGGAUGGACCAAUCUGGGAUACGAUUUCAGAGUCAGCAAAGGAUCUUCUCUCGCGUAUGCUUAACCCUGAGCCAUCGAAACGUUGUACCGCGGAGGAAGUUGUGCGACACUCGUGGAUAACCCACGGGACGAAUUUAUCACCCGAUUCUACAGUCCAUGUCGAUGCCCGGGAUGCCCGCAUAAUAAAAGACAACGUGGCAGCCACCUUCCGCGCAAUAAAAACUACUCCGAUGCCCACGCUAGAACCGGUUGAAUCCUCCACCCUGGCUAGAAGACGAGGUCGUUCGAAGAACGUUUCUUCACAAUCCUGAUUGAACCAAUGAUCUCCGACCGCUGUUCAUCCAGUCAUCUGUCGUCAUCGAUAAACAAAUCUGUAAUGAAAACCCAUGUAAAGACAACCGAUCAACACUGCUUCAAUUCUAAUGUAAUUCUAUUUUUGUUGGUGUUUUCAAUUUUUGUGCGAUUUGUACAAAUAACAUGACAGACCAUUUUUUAUUCAGUUUGUCUCCCCCCGGUCAUAUCUUUGCCCCUCGUUCAUUUGUGACUUAGGUUAUCUUCUCGAUCUUGUUCCAGUGAAGCUGAUAAUUAUUGUUCGACUUGACCACAGCACUUUGUAUUUUUUACCGUACCGACUAAGUUUUCUUCACUUCCAGGUACGUUUUUCUCCAUCCGAACUUUAUGCACGCCUUCCUCACCUGCGAUUCGGUGACAAUGGCCACAGUCACACUAAUGCCCACUCGUUUUUCUCUUUCGCUGGUGUUUUAUUAGAUUGUUU